AUGGCCCUGGGUGCUAAUGAUCAGUUUGACGUCGUAAUAAUUGGAGCGGGGCCAGCUGGUCUUAUGGCCGGUGUUUGGUUGGCUCAAACAGGCGUCAAAACUCUGAUCGUUGAGGAAAAAUUACGGAGGACCCUGACUGGGCAUGCGGAUGGGCUUGAAAGCAGAACACUCGAAAUUUUGAAUAGCUUUGGCCUUGGGGAGCCGAUAUGGAUGGAAUCAAAUAGGACAGUUGACGUCUGCUUGUGGGUACAGAACAGUUUGGAAGGUGGUCUUCAGAGAAAAAGUGUGUCUCCUAACCACAACCCUGGCUGGUCUCGAUUUCAAGAAGCCACAUUAUGUCAAGGUCGCAUAGAGAAGCACCUUUUAAACUUUGUGAAGCGACGUGGAAAUGUGAAGAUCGAGUGGGCCACCGUUCCCACUUCGCUAGACAUAUCCAACCGUGAGACGGAAACGCCUGGCUUUUAUCCUAUUGGAGUCAGAAUCAAAUCCUCCAACCUGGGAGCAGAUGAGCAGAUGGAAGGCAAGCAUGAGAGGAUGAUUAAAGCAAAAUACUUAAUCGGUUGUGAUGGUGCUCAUAGCUGGGUCCGAAAACGGCUCGGUUUGGCCUCCCAAGCAGAUCAGACUCCUGAUGGGCAUUGGGGAGUCAUUGAUUGUAUACCCCUCACAAACUUUCCUGACAUCCGAAAGAGAUGUAUCAUCAAGUCAGAUGGCGGUAAUCUCAUGAUCAUACCCCGAGAAAGGAAGCUAGUUCGCUUCUAUAUCCAAAUAUCGCCUAUCGUUGCAACUAGCUUCAAGGCCAACAAUUGCCUGUCGACUUUGAUCAGAGUGCUCAAGGACAUCUCGCAGCCGUAUACCUUUGAUACUUGCCAUAUUGAAUGGUCCACGAUAUACACCGUCGGACAAAGACUCUGCAACACAUACUCGGUGAAGAACCGCAUUUUCCUGGCCGGUGAUGCUGUUCACACCCAUUCCCCAAAGGCUGGACAAGGUAUGAACGUCAGCAUUCAGGACACAUACAAUCUAGGUUGGAAAUUAUCUUCUGUUUUAAUGGAUGUAGCCACGCCCGAGAUCCUCAGGACCUACCAGGCCGAGCGACUUCCUGUAGCGGAGAAAUUAAUUGCCUUCGACCGAAGAAUAUGCUCUGAGAUUUGCUCCAAAACCAGAGCAACAAUUUCUGACUGCACAAGCGAUGAAUUUGCCGGUCUCAGAUCAACCCUUUCAGAGGAAAACACGCGCGCCUCGGGCCUUGGUGUGAUUUAUGGGUCUGGUCUUCUAGUGACUUCCACAGACAAUGAGGAUCCCAUUCGAUGCAGAGAUAGGAUGCACCAUUGUUGUCCUCAUAGUAAGCCCCACUUGGCCAGAAACAUCAUCGUUGGUAAAAGGCUGUCAAGUCAACCAGUCCUUUGUCAGAGCGACUCUCGACCCUGGCAUCUCCAGGACAGACUUGUCAGCACAGGCCAGUGGCAUUUGAUCAUAUUUAGUGCAGACAUAACAAAUAUCAUCCAGAAGGCUCGAGUGGAGAGACUUACGGAAACAUUGUCUCAUCCAGAAUCCCUGAUCAACCGCAUAGGACUGCCAGGUGGGAGCCCUGUUGGCUCAGUUGUGACAUAUAUGAUUCAUUCUGCACCACGGAAAGAGGUGGAGUUUAUGGAUUUGGCACCAAUACUGAGACCUUUCGAUCAUGAAACAGGCUAUGAUUACUCACGGGUCUUUGCUGACAAUAAGGCAAAUGAAGAAGUCUGUGGUUGUGCCUACCAGGAUUAUGGAAUUGGGCCGGAAGGCUGCAUGGUUUUGGUCCGACCUGAUCAACACGUUGCUUUUAUCGGAGCUUUGGAAGACACAGAUGCGUUGUAUGCGUUCCUUACCAGACGAGUCAGAUUAGAUUGGUGGCAAGUGAGAGUUUCCGUUGAGACUUGCAACCGACUGUAG